UUCAAAGGGAUCUUGGAGUAAUGGAAAAUUUUGAAAUCGGUCCCAAUUAAUUUCGGAGCGGAUCAGAACCGAUUUUUGAAACCGUACAGGUGACCGAUAUUAUGUUUCAAGACCACCGUAAUAAAUCAUGGUCGUGGGUCCCGCUCUCUAUCCUAAGUCAUAUAUGCAAGUUUGUUCAUUUUGAUCAUAAGCUUCUAAAGGUUUCCCGCCGAGACCAAAGCGGGUUUCAAACUUCAAAAGUGGAAAGUAACAGAAACCAGGCAUUUGGAUUUUUGGAGACCCCGGGAGACGAGACGAGACGAGAGAAGAAGCUAGCAAAGAGAAAGGGAAGGGAUGGAUACGAAGCAGGCUGGUUCUUCGCUCGAUUCUCUAAUCGCUUCCUUCAACAAACGCAUUUCUGAGCUACAAGAACUUGUGAUUGGUCGCAAUAUGUACCCAGCUACUACCAUUUCUGAUCUAUCGGCAAUAGAUACGGCAGUGAAGGCGAUGGAGUUUCAGAUGCAGGCCAUCAAGGAUCGACUACGAGAGGAGACCGAAGCUAUUCCCAAAGCCAAAAAACUAGUCGAUGUGUCCCUGCGUCAGCAAAAGAAAUUGCAGCAUAUGUUUGCUCACAUACCGCUUCGCUUGCCUGAAAGUGUGGCAGUGUCAAGCGGGAACUCUUAUAAUUGUCUGACACAGGAGAACCCCAACCAUGGCCUCCAUUAUGGGUACGUGAAACUGGAGGAAGAGCCUGUGGCAUUACCCAAGGAGAAGCAAGAGAAAAAGGGCCGUGGAUCUGCACCUUUGUGGUAUGUCUGUGCUGAAGAACUUGAUUCACUGUCAUCUUAUAUGAGGGGGAGGCUCACUCUGGACAAGGUGAAUGCAGCUAUUAAUGACAUGGCUUCUUAUGCGGAGGCAAAUGCUCAACUUAUUGCAGCUCCCAAAAAGAAGAUGACGGACAGUACUUGGGAAAAGGCUCUUGAAGUAAGAGAUAUUGCAAUGACAGAAGGUGUAAAAGGCAAGCACUUUUUCCUGGAAACUGACAUAAAAGGACCAGCAUUGAAGCUUGACAAUACUGGGAAAGCAAUUCUGACUGUACUUCGUCACCUAGGACGCAUAAAUGAGACUAGAAUUGGACAUCAUCGUGUGAUCAUCCUAUCAAAGCCUCAUUAACUGCCUCAGUUGAUUUUUACAUAUUGAUUUGGAAACCUUGUAGGCUUGUAUCUCUUUCUUUUCUAGAUUAUUUUAUAAAUGAAUAUUCAAAAUUUUAUUCCUUCCUACACUAGUUCGCAGUAAUGUUCUUAAUAUUUUGUUAUAAAAUAGUGGAGAAAUGCAAUAAAGGCUCGAGUUGAUAUAUAAAACUAGUGUAAACCAAAUGGAAAGUUUCAAGAAAAUUUUGUUUUCAUA